AUGGGAGAAGCGGAGCUACGAAUCUCUCAGAUGGAAGACAAAAUGGGGGGCCUUGAAACCGACAGCGACGUUGCGGGGAAGAAGGUGAGCGCGCUGUGGGAUCGUGUACAGGCGCUUGAAAACCACAGCAAAAGAAACAAUGUACGUUUAGUUGGCCUCAAAGAAACCUACGGAACUGAUGGUACGCUUGAGAUGUGUGUUAAAAAAGUUCUGAGGGAAGGACUGGGCAUUGUCCCCGAAGCGGAAUUUGAGAUUGAGCGACUGCAAAGAGUCUCAGCUCCGGUGCCGAACGAGGGGCAGCCUCCCCGUGCUGUUUUGAUCCGCUUUUUGAGGCAGUCCGCCCGGGAGAAGGUGCUGAGAGCGGCUGCGGUGAAGCGAGGGGUUACAUGGGAAGGGAAUAGGCUUUCGAUAUUCCCUGACGCAACGAAGGAACUGGCUGAGAAGAGGAAAACGUUUCUGGCAGCGAAGAAGGCACUGCAGCAACGCAAUGUGAGAUACACUCUGGCCUUUCCUGCGACGUUGAGAUUCACAUGGAGGGGGAAAAACCAACGCUUCACACAAGCUGAGGAGGCUGAACGCUUCAUCAACCGUCACAGCAACAACUAA